CAUCACAUCUUCGUUUGCUCCUCUAUCUUCCCAAUUCUCUUUUCAUUUCAUUUGUUGUUUACCUUUGUGUCUGUUUCUUCUCAUACUAUUUUUUUACUAGAAAAACAAAAAAAAAACUUAUGAUGUUUGAGCACGAACAUCCAUUAAAUCUUACAAAUUUGUGGUCGGAGGAAGAGAAUGAAGACUAUGAAGAAGACAAGGAAGAGAACGAAGAUGAAGUAGAUGCAAAACAAGACUUCCGAUGUUUGUGUUCCCGGUGUCAUGAAGAAAUCAACUGGUUCCAUAGGUAUUACUACUCUUGUUCUACAUGUAGUGAUUUUUCUAUCCAUAAGUUUUGUGCAGAGCUUCCCGAUAGAUUGGAAGACAUUUGUGAGGCUGGUCAUACUCUUGGCUUCUGCCUAGUUAACUACUAUUGGAAUUGUAGUAUUUGUAAUCGAUUUAGGAAGCCUAGAGAGCUACUUUACCGCUGUAAUCUUUGUGAUUUUAAGGUUGAUGCAAAUUGUGCUAAAAAAAGGCUACAAAAGAAUAUCAUCUAUCAUCCUAGCCAUAAACACCCACUAGUUCGCAUCCCCAGACAAAUUUUAGACGAGUGUGAUGCAUGCGGGAAGGAGCAUAAAGGGAUCUUUUAUCAUUGUCCCACGUGUGCUAGUUCUUAUUUCAUUCAUAGUGAUUGUGCUUUUCUACCGAAAAAAUUGCAAAUCCAACAUACGACAAAUGAUAUCUACUCCCAUAUUCAUCCUCUCACCCUUGCUUAUUCCUUUCCAAAAACGGAUAUAGAAUCCAAAAGAUACCCACGGUGUAGGGUAUGCCGUCACGGGUUUUCUUCUAGUUCACAUCUUUGGCUGUAUAAAUGCGAGAAAUGCAGAUACUAUACCCAUCUAGAUUGCGCAACAUCUCCAGCUACAGACAAAAUGAUUAAAAACUACGACGAUGUUGAACACCCUGAUCUUCUUCAUCUUCCAUUUCCUGAUCCAUCUUAUAGCCUACUAAAACACUUGUUUUUCAAAGAAAGUGGAUCAAAAACACAUGAAGUGAGUCAUCAACACCCACUAAUCCUGGAAGAUAGCCGAAUAUCCUACCAUGACCCAACAAAGAGGAUUGAACUUUUGUGCAAUGGAUGUUUAAGACCAAUUACGAGUGGGCCAGUUUACGUGUGUUCUAAUGAGGAGGGGGAGCAUUGCAACUUUGUGCUCCACGAGUGGUGCUCCCGACUGCCUACUGAACUAAAAGACCACCCUCGUCACCCACGACACCCCCUGAUUCUCCAUUCAAAAGUCAUUGGUAAGUUUUUCGGGGUCUUCGCUUGUCGUCUUUGCGGGUUAAAUUGCAAUGGAUUUGCUUAUUGUUGUGUCGAAUGCGAUUACUACAUCGAUGUUAAUUGUGCCUUCCUACCUAAAGAAAUCACUCACAAUUCUCACCCGAAUCACCUCCUUACAUUUGAUAGUGAUUCAUACUUCAGUUGCCAUAGUGAUGACUUUGUAAUACACUUGAGGGAGGCUUUGUUGAUACCAGAGACAACUACACACAAGUGUGACAAGCAUCCUAUGAAACUGAGUUACUUUCCCAUUGAGAACCAUAUGAGUGACUAUUUUUGUGAAAUUUGUGAGGAGGAUUUAAAUCCUGAGUAUACAUUCUAUCAUUGUCGUGAGUGUAUGCAAUCUAUGCAUACAGCUUGUGCUCCGUCAAUACUUCGUUAUGAAACAUAUGCCAAAGAUGUUGAAUAUGGUGCUUACGUUCAUCGCUAUGUAAAUGUGAAAUUUGGGGGCACAUAUAACAAUAUUGAAGUCCAUCCACACCCCCUUUCAUUCGUUCAAGGGGUUGAAAGCGAUGGUCUUUGUCACGAGGAUGGUUGGCGCAGUCUCCAUUACGAGAUGAUCUUUAAGUGUUUAACUUGUGAGUUUGUAAUUUGCUACGAUUGUAUGAAGAGUCUUUGUGAAGAAAAAAACUAAGCUAUUUGUUUUCUCAUCAAGUAAGGUGACCGACCACACACGUUGACUUUAUACUUGAAGUCUUUUCUGUUUAAUUUUUUCUUCUUUUCGAUGUACUAAACAAAUUGAAGUUAAUACAUGUGUUUGCUUUGUAAUCCACAUGUCUUUAGCAGCUUUGUAUGUGACAACCCGAACUUCCGAGGUUAGUUGUAAUCUCAAUUCCGCGCUAUUUCUCUUUCAUAAUCUUUGCUUUGUUAAACGGGUAACCGAGUCCGGCCCAUACGAAUCAAAUUACAUACAUUGUUUGGGCUUAUCAAGCCCAUGAUUAUGCUUAAAUUUAUGGAUCAGCCAUGAUUAGAUUUAAUUUAUAGAUCAACCCACUUAAAUAACCCAUGCCCAUGCCCGAUUUAAUGUAUAGGAAUCGCAUAACACAUAUGUUUGGGCUUGAGCCCAUGCCCGAUUAAAUAACCCACGGCCCUAAACCCUUUGUUAAUUAGUUAUCCAGCCCAACCUCUUGUGCAUUGAUCCUUAGUGACCGGCCCAGCUACUUGUUUGAAUAAUCAGCCCAACAUUAAUCAGCCCAACAUAUCAUGUAUACGUAUUAUAAUACAAAUCAAACACACCAAUUGAGUCUAUAAUUAUAACAAACCCCACGCCAUUAUCGAUGAACAACCCAAAUCGUCCUAGCUUCCCUCUGAUCGUUCAUAGCCGAUCGCUCAUAGCCGAACUUUGGUGAACGAUUAUCUUUCCAUCAGAAUUCUCGGUUAGUACAUAACAUCUUGACUUCUUUGUGGUCUUAGUUGAUGUUUGUUAGUUUAGGGUUAUGCAAUCUAUCUGUGUGCAAACAUGUUUACGAAUCAUCAUAUGGUUAUGAAAGUGAUUUAUUAGGCCUAUAUGUUUAUGAAAGUGAUAAAGUCCGAUUAAUCUUUGUAGAAUCUGGCUCAACUAUA